GGAGCGACGGGACGCGACGCCAAUCGCGGGGCUGCUUCGCGCCGAAGCUCCGUUUGAAAUUCUGCGAGCCCAACGGCUCGCGGAGCGGCUGCCGGGAGCGAGUUCGGCGGUCUUUGCGGUGGUUGCCGCGUUUGGGCCCGCGUGGAGUAGGUCGGGGGCCUGGACUCCCGGUUGCUUGGAGCGUCCGCAAUGAGGAGAAGUGAGGUAGUGGCAGAGGAGUCUAUAGUAUGUCUCCAGAGUGCCCUGAAUCACCUUCGGGAAAUAUGGGAAUUAAUUGGGAUUCCGGAGGAUCAGCGUUUACAAAGAACUGAGGUUGUAAAGAAGCAUAUCAAGGAACUCCUGGAUAUGAUGAUUGCCGAGGAAGAAAGCCUGAAGGAAAGGCUCGUCAAAAGCAUAGCUGUCUGUCAGAAAGAGCUGAACACAUUGUGCAGUGAGCUACAAGUCGAGCCGUUUCAGGAGGAAGGAGAGACAACCAUCUUGCAACUAGAAAAAGAUUUGCGCACCCAGGUAGAAUUCAUGCGAAAACAGAAAAAAGAUAGAAAACAGGAACUGAAGGUACUUCAAGAACAAGAUCAAGAACUGUGUGAAAUUCUUUGUAUGCCCCACUAUGUUACUGACAGUGCCUCAGUUCCCAGCUUAGAAGAGCUGAACCAGUUCAGACAACAUGUGGCAACGCUGAGGGAAACAAAGGCAUCUCGGCACCAGGAGUUUGUCAACAUAAAGAAACAGAUCAUACUGUGUAUGGAAGAAUUAGAUCACACUCCAGACACAAGCUUUGAAAGAGACGUGGUGUGUGAAGAUGAAGAUGCCUUCUGUUUAUCUUUGGAGAAUAUUGCAACACUACAAAAGUUGCUACGGCAGCUGGAAAUGCGAAAAUCACAAAAUGAAGCUGCAUGUGAAGGACUCCGUGCUCGAAUUCGAGAGCUCUGGGACAGGUUGCAAAUACCUGAAGAAGAAAGAGAAGCUGUGGCCACAGUUAUGACUGGAUCGAAGGCGAAGGUCAGAAAAGCGCUGCAAUUAGAAGUGGAUCGGUUGGAAGAACUGAAAAUGCAAAACAUGAAGAAAGUGAUUGAGGCAAUACGAGUGGAGCUGGCUCAGUACUGGGACCAGUGUUUUUACAGCCAGGAGCAGAGACAAGCUUUUGCCCCUUACUAUUCUGAGGACUACACAGAAGAUCUGCUGCAGCUCCACGACGCCGAGGUUGUGCGGUUAAGAAACUAUUAUGAAGGUCAUAAGGAACUCUUCGAAGGUGUUCAGAAGUGGGAAGAAAACUGGAGGCUUUUCUUAGAGUUUGAGAGAAAAGCUUCAGAUCCAAGUCGAUUUACAAACCGGGGAGGAAAUCUUCUAAAAGAAGAAAAGCAACGAGCCAAGCUCCAGAAAACGCUCCCUAAGCUGGAAGAGGAGUUGAAGGCCCAAAUUGACAUGUGGGAACAGGAACACGCACAGACAUUUGUGGUGAACGGGCAGAAAUUCAUGGAGUAUGUGGCAGAACAGUGGGAGCUGCAUCGACUGGAGAAAGAGAGGGCCAAGCAGGAACGACAAAUCAAGAACAGAAAGCAGACGGAGACAGAGAUGCUCUAUGGGAGUGCCCCCCGGACGCCCGGCAAGCGACGAGGACUGGCACCGAACACGCCAGGCAAAGUGCGCAAGCUGAACACUACUGUCAUAUCCAAUGCUACAGCCAACAGUAGCAUUCGGCCUGUGUUUGGGGGGACAAUCUACCGCUCCCCCGUGUCUCGACUUCCUCCUUCUGGCAGCAAGCCAGUUGCCACUUCUACCUGUUCAGGGAAAAAAACACCUCGUGCUGGGAGGCAUGGAGCUAACAAGGAGAACCUGGAGCUCAAUGGCAGCAUCCUGAGCGGUGGGUACCCCGACUCGACCCCCCUCCAGCGCAACUUCAGCAUUAAUUCUGUUGCCAGCACCUAUUCUGAGUUUGCGAAGGAUCCGUCCCUCUCUGACAGUUCCACUGUUGGGCUUCAGUUGCGAAGUCAAAGGCCUGCAAUGUGCUCGAAAGAACAGAGGCCCCAUCACAGGGGAGCGAGAACUUUCAAAGGCUUCCAAAUCUGAUGCUACUUCUCGAAUCCUCAAUUCAACCAACAUCCAGUCCUGAGAAGCCCUGAUCAGUCAACCAGCUGUGGCUUCCUGUGCCUAGACUAAACCUAACUAUAUGGGGGUGGCUUUAGUUUGUCAGUUUAGGUGUGCUUGAAACCCUGGGCAGGUUCCAUUACCAUGGGCUUACUGUAAGAUGUGAAUGAGUAUUACACGUGAAAGUCCAUCAUCGGUUUAGUGGGUCUUAGGAGACUUGGUUUUAUUUUGACUCACUUUAAAACUUAGUUUAUAGCGAUAAGUGCAAAUUUUAGCAUAUGGGACCUAGUUUCUUUCUCUAGCCCAUAGUUCCAGUCACUUGCUGAAGCAUGGUCAAGGGCUCGUUUUAGUUCACCAUUGUGCAGGAGAAUGAUUGACUCUGCCCGUCCUUGGGGUAUGGGACGUGAAUUUUGGCUUGUAUACUUGUAAUUAGCGAUAACUUCUUUUUUGUUUAGGGAUGUUGAAGUAAUGCUUAGCUGUGAUAGCUUUGCUCUCACCUGAAGGCCUGUCCCCACCACACAGGACAGUCUUCCUCCUGAUGAAAAUGUCUUUGUGUGUCAGAAGUUGAGAUGGCCUGACCUACUGCCAAAGAGGUGACAGGGAGGCUGGGAGCUCCUUUGUUAAAUUGUGUACAGUUCUGUUAAAUAGUGCAAUGCCCUUUUGUUGGGGGUGUGUAUGUAUGAACACACAUGUGUUUCUUCAGAGUUUGUCUCUGGGGCUAGUCCCCCACCCCUGUACCCCUUAUGCCCACGUUCUUCUGUCCUUUGCACUUGGCAGCCAAGUUGGGAGGCUGUUUGGAUGGGUUGGGCCAUUUCUGUCCUGGAGACCUGGAACUUUGCACAUGUCGUUACUGGGGAGUUUUCCUGCUCCAUAGGCCCUUCCUUUACCUCCCCUGCCAGUCACUACCGUUCUUCCCUAGAGCCCCGUUAUUUAUUCUCCCUCUGCUUGCGCCAGUAACUACUGUCAACACACUAAAUGGUUCUCGGAAUCUCACCAGUGCGAACUUGUCUGUGUCAGCCCUGCUGUUUAGUCAUACCUGUGCCUCUCUGCUUUUAAAAUAUAAGUUCUUCAAUUAAAAUGUGUAUAUUUAUAUUUCAAA